AUUUUAUGAAAGGACAAGUCUCUAGAGCUAUUUCUUCUUCUCCAAGUUUGGUAUGCACGGAUAUUAGCAUUGGACAAGAACCUAUUAGCAUAAUUGCAACCAAUGAAUUUGAUGAUCCUCCGGUUGCACCAACCGGUUUUCAAUAUAUCACUGCAAAUCAAAUUGCAAGCACCAUAAAGGUUCCAUCUAGUGGUCCUGGAUGCAACUGCAUAGGAAGUUGUAGAGACACUAUAACUUGUGGAUGUGCUAAGCUUAAUGGCCAAAAAUUUCCAUAUGCAUGUGGUAACGGUGGCAGGCUGAUUGAGCCUCGAGACAUCGUGUACGAAUGUGGACCUAUAUGUGGCUGCGGACCUAAUUGUGGAAAUAAAGUUUCUCAAAAGGCUUUAAUUUAUCGACUUGAGGUUUUUCGUACUCCCAAUAAAGGUUGGGGUGUGAGAACAUGGGACUUUAUUCCCUCAGGUGCACCAGUGGUAGAAUAUAUUGGUGUACUUAGUAGAGAUGAUGAAUUAGAUAAUGCUAUUGGAAAUGAAUACAUUUUUGACAUUGAUUGUUUGCACACAAUCAAAGGGGAAGGUGGAAGAGAGAGACGUUCCAGCAAAAAAAAAUCAGCUAGGGAAAGUUUUUCUGAAAAUAUUGAUGAAGAAUUGGAAAAUGAUCCUGAGUUUUGCAUAGAUGCUAGUUCUUUUGGUAAUGUUUCUAGAUUUAUCAAUCAUGGAUGUGUGCCAAACCUUUUUGUUCAAGGUAUUCUUAGCAGCCACCGUGAUAUUAGACUUGCUCGAGUCGUACUAUUUGCAGCACAAGACAUACCUCCCUAUCAAGAACUCACCUAUGACUAUGGUUACAAACUUGAUAGUGUUGUUGAUCCUGAUGGAAAAAUCAAGCAAUUAGAAUGUCAUUGUGGUGCAAAUGAAUGUCGUAAGCGCUUGUACUAAUUUGGUAUGGAUAUCAUAAGACAUUUGUUUGAUUUAAGAGUGAACUUACUCAAAUUUCAACUAUUCUCCAACCUUUGUGGUGAUACAAUGUUUUGCAAUGUAAUAUUUGUCAUUAGGUGCUUAGGGGGUUAUCUCUUGGUACAUAUUGCACAAAAUUAUAAUUGUAAUUAUUACAAAAACAACAAUGUAGUUUGUUUGUAUGAUAAACUCAAUACUCAUUUGAAGUUCGAUGUUGAA